AUGGAUCAAGAAGACAAGAAGGUGGAAGAUAGGAUCGAUAAACUGGAAAAGGCCUUGCUAAAUGCGAUCGUGAAAUACAAUCCGCAUGCUCUAGUGGAAAAUGAGAAAUCCCCUGGUCAAGAGGAAAGAUGGACUGACCAUGAUCAAAGCCAGCCACCUCCUUUGCAGCUCACGAAUUUUGCACACCCUCCGGAGAGGCAGUCCAACUGGUCAGGGAGAGGUCAUGAAGGACAAUUGCAGCUGGGAUACAGGAAUCAAGACCAAGCUAAUUGGGGGAACAAAAAUCAAAACAACCCAGGAAACUCCUAUGUGCCACCUCACCAAAGGAAUAACCAAGGCAACUUUCAGAAUUCCCAACAGAACCACCAAGGAAAUCAAGGGUCUGGUGGCCAGUACAAUAAUCAAGGGUCGAGUAACCAAUACAACAAUCAUCAAGGAAAUUUUCGACAGAACCAAGGUCAAGGACAAAAUUUUGGUCAAUCCAACUUCAGACCACAACGGAGUUUGGAUGACAUGGUUCAUGAUCUGGUAAAUUCACAACAGUUCAUGCAAGGUAACCUACAUUCCCACAAUGACAUGGUGCACAAGUUGCAAGAUGCUCAGUCAGAGCAAAAAGCCGCCAUGGACAUGAUGGCAAAACAACUUUCCCAGAUCGCAGUUUCCUUGAAUGAGAUGCAAGGGAAUGAAGGCAAACUUCCUGCUACCGUCAAACCGCCAGACCGAGCAAACAUUAGUCAAAUCACCUUGAGAUCCGGGCGGGGUUACGAAGGGCCGACGUUGGAAACUGAUGAGGAAGUGCCUAUGCAAGUUAAAGAAGGGAAACAGAGUCAGAAACAGCAAGAGGGAGGCGCUGAACCGAGGGAGAUCAUUGUUCAGAGAGACCUCCAGAAGGAAGAUUUAGGGGGAUCUCUACCUCGACCAAGGGACCCGUUCUUCCUAGACCCCGAACCUGAGGAAGAUGGUUGCUACCAAGGUCGUGAUCCAGCUAGCAGAUAG